AUGAAUGAGGAUAAAUAUUAUGAUUAGCAAUAUGAAAUUAUUUAAGUUGAUGAGAAGGAAAAUAAUGAUAAUUAAUUUUUGUAAUACAAAAAUUAAUGAGUUUUAAUAAGUUUUAGCUUGAAGGAUGCGGAUUCAAUUUCAAUCUAAUUCAUUUGUUAUGGCUUUAAGAUCCAAUUUUCAAAAACAAUAUACGCUUAGACAUUCCUGACACAAUAUAAAUAAUUUAAGGAUAACCUCAUUUUUGGUAUUAUAGUGUUGAUUCUUAAAUAAUGAGAAAAAGCAAAACAAAAUUAAACUUAGAGUCAAUUUUAUAAGAUUUUAUCAGGGAUUAAAAGGAUAAUCAUGAAAUAUGUGCUGCUUGGAUUGUAAAGAAAGACAAUUAAACUGAAUUUGAAUUUCUUUCUCAAUAUCUUCUAAGCUAAUUAAUAUCUCAAAUGAGUUAUGAAACAGAGGGUUAUUUAUAGAAAUUCAUUUAUCCAAAAUGUAGAUUUUUAUAAUUAUUUUUUAGCUGAGAAGAAUGAAGUUAUAAAAUGUACAUGGGGAAACAAUUUGUGUUAUUUUGAAGUUUUCACUAAUAAAUAUCCAAUUAUGAUGUAGAAAGCUGAUAUUUAUUAAAGAGCAGUGACAUUCGAAACACCAAAUGGACCUGUAGAAUAAUCAACGUAAAAUUUAAUUUUUCAGAUUUUUAGUUUAUAAGGGACUUAGUUUUGUUAAAGAUUAGAAUUAUUAUGUGGAUUAAUUAUGUCUCAUGUAAUCAAUGUAACUUAAAACUAAAAAGAGAUUACAUUAAUGGAAUUGAUAUUUAAAUUAUCAAAGAAAGGAUAAAUAUAUCUUAUAAUAUGUUCCAAUUUAUCAACAUUCAAUGUACCUUCUAAAUUUACAUUACGUAAUAAAUAGAACUAAUUAUAAGCCAAUUUUUCGAUAACUAAAAAGGUCACUAAAGAGCUUUUGAACUAUCCGAAACCUAUUACAUUAUCUGAUAAUUCUAAAUGCAUAGUUUGUGAUGAAGAGAAAAAUUAAAUAGAAUUUUCAAAAGUCAAAUUAAAAGAGUUGAUUCAUUAUUGGGAAUCCGGAUCUGAUCAUAGAUCUUAAAUUUAAUCUCCUAAAUCAUAUAGAUUGAAUGCAUAAUAACUAAAAAUAGAUCCAACCCAACUGAUCCCUAGAGUAAUCAAAUUAAUGUAUCCAAGAAUGACUUUAGAAGAAUAUUAAGAAUUUCGUAAAAACACAGUUUUUAUUAAUUAAACAAUCUCAUUAUGUAGCUAUUGCUUUACUAAACUUUAUUCAAGCGAAGCAGAAAAAGUUAUAGUAAUACCUAAAAAACAUAAAAGAUUAAUUAGAACUGAAAUUUAUGAUAAUGAACCAAUUAAAUAUGAUCUAAUACCUCCAGGAUCAACAAAGACAUCCAUUUAUAGCAGUUUUCUAUAACAUAAAGUUAUUAAUAACUAUAUUAAUCGAAGACUUAAAUAAUCUAAUGUAAAAAACGAAUUAUUUCCAAUUGUCAAUAAUUCUAAUUCAUUAUAUAAAACUACUUAAUCUUCUAGAAAUAAAGUAGAAAUAUGA